GAGCGGCGGGGGCUUUGAAGGCCGCAGUCACUCCUCACGCGGGGACCGGAGCUCGCGGCCGCCCGCCGGUUGAGGCCGGGCCAGGCCGGGUGGCCGGUGCGCUCAGGGAGGGAUCCCGCUGUCCCGGACGCCCGGCUGCCGGCAGCAUGGAGCCCGCGCGCUCUGCGGUCGGACUCAGCGUCCGGGAAGCGGUGCACAUCCUCCAGUCUUCUGAGGACGGUGGCCGCGUCCUCUCCGCCCUGGAGUCCCUGCAGCACUAUCUGCGAGGAACCGGGGAGCCCACGCUGCCGGGAGAGCAGGAGGAGUUCGCCGCCAAGCACUUCGCUGCCGUGCUGCGCUGUCUGGUCGGCAGGCUGAGCCCCCGCUGGCUGCAACUGUCGCCCUGCGACCGGCUGGAGCAGCUCUGGGACAGCUUCUUCCUGGAGGGCCCUGCUGACCAGGCCUUCCUAGUGCUGAUGGAGGCCAUCGAGGGCACUGCCGGCCCCAGCUUCCGUCUGAUGAAGAUGGCACAGCUGCUGGCCAGGUUUCUGAGUGAGGGCAGGGUAGCAGCCCUGAUGGAGGAGCAAUGCCGGCCGCAGAUGAAGCCUGGCUUUCCCCUGCUCCAGGAGACACUGCUCAGCAAGGUGGUGAGCCUGCCUGACCACCUGGGCAACCAUCUGCAGAAGGAUAACCUGGCCCAGUUCUUCCCCCAGAACUACUUCCCACUGCUGGGUGAGGAGGCUGUGCGGGCGCUGCAGUCAGUGGUGGAUUCUCUUCGAGGUGGCCUACACUGUUCUGUCUCCUUUGUGUCUCGAGUCCUUGGGAAGGUGUGCAUCCAGGGAAGACACAAGGAGAUCUUGGGCAGGUUGGUGCCCCAACUGACAGCACUCACCCAGGGCAGCUGCUUGUGGCAGCGGGUCUGCUGGCACCUAGUGGAGCAAGUGCCGGACGGGGCCAUGGAGGCUGUGCUCACAGGGUUGGUGGAGGCCACUCCAGGGCCUGAGGUCCUGUCACGACUACUGGGGAAUCUGGUGGUGAAGAAUAAGAAAGCCCAGUUUGUGAUGACCCGGAAGCUUCUGUUCAUGCAGUAUCGAUGCACGACACCCAUGCUGCAGAGCCUGCUGGGGUACCUGGCCAUGGACAGCCAGCGGCGUCCACUCCUCAUACAGGCGCUAAAGGAGCUGCUGGAGACCUGGGGCAGCAGCAGCGCUGUCCGACACACGCCCCUGGCUCAGCAGCGCUACGUCAGCAUGGCGGUGCUCAUCUGCCUGGCACACCUUGGGGAGCCAGAGCUGCGGGACAGCCGGGAAGAGUUGCUGGCCAGCAUGAUGGCAGGUGUGAAGUGCCGCCUGGACAGCAGCCUGCCUGCCGUGCGCCGCCUAGGCAUGAUUGUGGCCGAGGUCAUCAGCACCCGGAUCCACCCUGAGGGGCCUCCAUUGAGAUUCCAGUAUGAAGACGAUGAGCUGAGCCGUGAGAUGCUGGCCUUGGCUACUCCCCGGCCUGCGGGAGACAGCCCCUUGGAGGCAAGAGGCUCAUCACUGGAUCCAGUUGUGGCAGAGACCCCUGCAGAGACCAUGAAGGGUAGUGUGCCCCCAGCUCAGCUGCAGGGCUCUGACUCGGAGCUGGACAGUGACGAUGAUUUCAUCCCCUACGACAUGUCAGGGGACAAAGAGCUGAAGAGCAGCAAGGCACCUCAGUAUGUGCGGGACUGCAUGGAAGCACUGACCACAUUUGAGGAUAAGGAUAUGGAGCGCUGGGAAGCUGCCCUGAAGGCCCUGGAAGGCCUAGUCCGCAGGAACCCUGAGGCCACACGGGAGGUGAGUGUGGAGCUGGCCAGGGUACUGUUGCACCUGGAGGAGAGGACCUGUGUGGCGGGAUUUGAGGAACUGCGCCAGAGAGCCCUGGUGGCCGUUACAGUCACAGACCCGGCCCAGGUAGCUGAGCACCUGACCUCACAGUUCUAUGCCCUGAACUACAGCCUCCGGCAGCGCAUGGACAUCCUGGAUGUCCUGACUCUGGCUGCCCAGGAGCUGUCUCGGCCAGGGCGCCUUGGGCAGUCUCCCCAACACAGUUCCCUGGGUCCCGGCACCCAGUGCUCACCAGCACUGACUGCCUCUCAGUUUGGCAGUGUCAUGGUUCCUGACUGGAGGGUGGUGGUAGAAAAUCGGAUCAGAAGCAAGACCCGGCACUUCUCCAAGGGCUCUCCUUGGCAGGAGCCAGCAGGUGGCCCCAAUGAAUUCGCCUCCGUGGCUGGCUGUUUCUUUUUCCCCCUCCUUCAUCAUUUUGACAGGCCUCUAGUGACCUUUGACCUUUUGGGAGAUGACCAGUUGGUUCUUGGAAGACUGACCCAUACUUUGGGGGCCUUGAUGUAUCUGGCAGUCAACACCACAGUGGCUGUACGCAUGGGUAAGGCCCUGCUGGAAUUUGUGUGGGCCCUUCGCUUCCAUGUGGACACCUACGUGCGCCGGGGCUUGCUUUCUGCGGUCUCUUCUGUCUUCCUCAGCGUGCCUGCAGAGCGAUUACUAGAGGACCUGCCAGAUGAGCUGCUGGAAACCAGGUCCUGGCUGGCAGAUGUGGCUGAGAAGGAUGUUGAUGAGAACUGCAGGGAGCUGGCCGUGAGAGCGCUGCUGCUUCUGGAACGACUCAGAGACAGACUCCUCUCCCUUCCCUCCUAGUCCCUGAUGGACCCUAGGCAUUCCUGCUGGGUGGGAGGAAGGCUUCAACAAGUGGACCCAUGUAACACCUGAGUUUGCAGUUUGACCAGGUCUGGAGGGCCAUCCGGUCCCAGUGUGUGCAUGUAGGAAGGGUGUGUUCAGCUAAAAAUAUGGAGGGCCUCGCCCUGGCCCCCACAGGCAGAGCAACCCAAGUGCUGGCCUGCAGCUCCCAGUGGGCCCUGUGGUCAGGGAACGCCAGAAGCAGGAAGGAAGCAGCUGCUCAGAGCCCAGUAGCAGAGCAGGCUUGGCCCUUGGCCCUGUGGCUCAGUGCUGUCCCAGGAGAAUAAAUAGGGCAGGAGGUAUCACAAGUCUUCCUUUGUGGUUUUCAGUGAGCAGGGACUUCAAUUCCUAGAGGACUGUGAGAUGCAGCCAUGAAAAUGGAGUGCAGUGUGAGGCAAAGGGGGGUGGAAGGGGCCUCUGAGAAAGUAGGCUUUAUUGGAGUUGUAGGAGUAUCAACAUCUGUUGGUAGGUGUGAUGGUCAGGACUCGGGCCUGGCCACAGUGGUCCCUUCUGAACCAUCCUGGAGCCAUCUGGGUGUGGGUGUGAUUAGCAGUGAUGGGCAUCUCUAAGACACAGGUGCAGCCUCAGUGCACCAAGUUCUACAAGUUCCUUCCACUCCACAACUGGUAGUUGGGAGAACCUGGGAAAGCUGAAUCCACUGAAUCCAGCUCCUUUAAAAGGAAUUAAACCAAAACACCACGGAAGCUGCCAAGUGCCCUGAGGCAGGAACGCUGAGGGAAGGCUCAGGGAUACAGGCAGUCCUCUGCACACUGUGGGCUGGGCCCUGCUUACUUGUUAUGUUAUGAACAUGUUUUUUUUUCCCCCUACAAAAAAGAGAUGACUAGAGACUGGAAAUUCCAGAAGCAGAUCUCAGCAGCAGGACAAUGGCCAAGGCCCAUCAGGGGCCAUUCUCUACCUCCUCUAUCACCUCAUCAUGGUCCUCGAUGCUGUUGUGGCGGAUCCGCUCAGGCACCACGCGUGUCAGAGGGAGGCCCAGGCCCUGAUGCACGGCAUCUACUGUCUGCUGGUCCACGUAGUAGGACAUGUUGGCAGAAGGAAGUCUCUUGCGCAUCUCCUCGAGGUACCUGUAGGCCUAGGGCAGAGGGAACAGCUGUUACUUAAAGGCCCAGUGGACACCUCAGCAUAUGAGAGCCAAGGGAGCCAUCUUGUCUGUUCACUGUAAUAAGGUCACCUCAACAUGAAGUACCCACUCUGUCCCAGGGGUUGUAAGCAGGGAAGCAUGCGUUUUGAGGUUUCUGGUAUUUACAAGGGGACAUGUGUCCCAGGCAGGGCAAGGUAUGUUUCAUGCUGUGGCCAGUAUGAACAACUGAAAACCAGAACCCCAGAGAGUCCUCUGGCAACCCAGAGCAAGAAUGUGGUCCAAAUUCCAGAAUUGUAUUCCCUCUAAAACUGUUCCCUGGAUGGUGGUGGACCUGCUGCAGGAGGGUGGAUUCCAUUUCCGUCUACUGUAGCACAUGUACUUGCUGGAAUGCAGGGCAGGCAUUGUUUAUUUCAGCUGAGUGUAAGAUUUAUCCCAAUUCUAUCACAUCUCCUGUGUGAAUGGUCCUUGAUCCUAGGCCUGUAAACUGGAAAUGUCAAUGGGU